UCUCCUUUUCUCCGGGGCAUCACCACCUGGUCCGAAAAUUUCCCCCGGAGGGACCGAGGGGCUCCGCAACCUCCAGCUUGCUCCCGAGGGACCCUGUGACUGCCGCGGCGGGCGGGAGGAGGAGGAGCGAAGGUGUUGAGAAAACUUCGGAGCGAACAGGAACCCUGCGGGCGGCGGCAGUGCGGCUCCUCGCGGCGUCCAGGCUGUGCCAGCCGCGGUGUCCUCCGAGCCGCCCUGGUCCCGCUGCUCCUGGCGCGGAAGCCCCGGGCCGCACGCCGUUCCGCGUCGGCGGCGGAGAGGAAGGAGGCGUCCACUGCGGAACAUGAAGCAGCAUGUCUGAUAAAAUGUCCAGCUUCCUCUAUAUAGGGGACAUCGUGUCCCUGUACGCGGAGGGCUCGGUGAACGGCUUCAUCAGCACCCUGGGGUUGGUGGAUGACAGAUGUGUGGUGCACCCAGAUGCAGGUGACCUCGCCAACCCACCCAAGAAGUUCAGAGACUGCCUUUUCAAGGUGUGCCCUAUGAAUCGUUAUUCUGCCCAGAAGCAGUAUUGGAAAGCCAAACAAGCCAAACAAGGGAACCACACAGAGGCCGCCUUGCUGAAGAAGCUGCAGCAUGCUGCAGAACUGGAGCAGAAACAAAAUGAAUCAGAGAAUAAGAAGCUGUUGGGGGAAAUUGUGAAAUACAGUAAUGUUAUACAACUGCUGCAUAUAAAAAGCAACAAAUACCUUACUGUAAACAAGAGGUUGCCUGCUUUACUGGAGAAGAAUGCCAUGCGUGUGUCUUUGGAUGCUGCAGGAAAUGAAGGGUCUUGGUUUUAUAUUCAUCCCUUCUGGAAGCUGAGAAGUGAGGGUGACAAUGAUGCACGCUUCAUGAGUUAACUUGGUAUAAAAAUUAUCAGGUGGAUCUUCCUUAGGUAAGGUUUGGGAUAAGCAUGGCAUGCAGGAAAGUGUAACAUACAGUCUUGUGUUGGAUCCCUUAAAAAAU